ACUGAACAUUAGGGGGUUCGGAUUCAUUCCAUCCGUUGCUCCUGGUGAGAAGAGAAGUUUUAUAGCUCCGGGUUUUUCUGGCGCAUGGUUAGUUGGUGCGAAGUUCUGGUGUGAAAUUGUGACAUUUCUCGAAGUGCAUUCAAGGGAAAAUUCAUACAGAUUUCAAGUGUAAAAAAUCGUAAGAAAAAGGUGCUAAUUGAACUGUAAUUGGGUGUUGCAAGAUGUGGCUGAAGACGUUGAGUGCUGCUGCACUGCGGGUUGAAGCCCAGAGACAUAAUUCGCUGCAGAAAUUAUGCCGAACAUUCGCGACCCAGCUGAGCGAGCCCAAUGGCCCAUCUGUCAAAACCUCCAUCCCUGGACCAAAGUCGAAGGAACUGCUAAAGCAGUUGAGCGCUCUGCAGAACGGAGGGUCCGUGCAGCUGUUUGCCGACUAUGAGCGGUCCAGCGGAAACUACCUGCAGGACGUCGAUGGGAACGUACUGUUGGACAUUUACACGCAAAUAUCGUCCGUCCCUUUGGGAUACAACCAUCCGGAGCUGCUCAAAGUGUUUAAAAAUGAUCACAAUCUGAAAAGUCUCAUUAACCGUCCAGCUCUGGGAGUCUUCCCGGGCGAGGAUUGGCCAAACAAGCUGCAAAAUGUACUGAUGUCCGUUGCCCCAAAGGGUUUGGAUCAUCUGACCACGAUGAUGUGCGGAUCUUGUUCCAAUGAAAAUGCGUUCAAGAAUAUCUUCAUUUGGUAUCAGAGAAAACAUCGUGGACUGGACACUCCGUUUACCGAAGAGGAAAUUUACUCGUGUAUGGUCAACCAGGCUCCAGGAGCGCCAACAUUGAGCAUUAUGAGCUUCCAUGGCGCCUUCCACGGUCGUACGCUGGGAGUGUUAUCGACCACCCACUCCAAGUACAUCCACAAAAUUGAUAUCCCGUCGUUCGAUUGGCCCAUUGCUCCGUUCCCCAAAUACAAGUACCCAUUGGAGGAAAACGUCCGCGAGAAUGCCCAGGAGGAUGCCCGCUGCCUGGCGGAAGUUGAGAGUCUGUUUGAAAAGUACGCCAAGAAGGGUAUACCGGUAGCGGGAGUGAUUAUUGAACCGAUCCAAAGUGAAGGUGGUGACAACGAAGCCUCGCCGGAGUUCUUCCAAGGGUUGCAGAAGGCAACCAGGAAGAACGGUGCUGCACUGCUGAUUGAUGAAGUGCAAACGGGUGGUGGUCCUACGGGCAAGAUCUGGUGUCAUGAACACUUCAAUCUGGAUGGACCUCCGGAUGUUGUGACCUUCAGUAAGAAGAUGCAACUGGGAGGAUACUUCCAUAAUCUGGCAUUGACACCGGUUCUGCCAUACCGUGUGUUCAACACAUGGAUGGGAGAUCCAGGAAAGGUCCUGCUGUUGGAGUCUAUCCUGAAGGUAAUCAGAUCGGAAUCGCUGUUGCAGAAUGUUGAAAAGACAGGCGCCAAACUGAAGAAGGGAUUGCUGCAGGCUCAGAACGAUUACCCUCACUUGCUCAACUCUGUCAGAGGCCGGGGAACAUUCCUGGCGGUCAAUUGCGCUAGUUCAAAGCUGAGGGAUAACGCCGUGGCUGCAUUGAAGCAAAAAGGCAUCCUCUCGGGUGGUUGCGGUGACCUGAGCAUCCGUUUCCGACCGGCACUGAUAUUCCAGGAGAAACACGUUGACAUUUUCCUGGACAAAUUCAACCAGGUCUUGAAGGAGCUUAAGUAAGAUUGGUUCGAUCUGCCAACACAGCCAACGGAUAGUCUAAGGGAAAACCUUAAUACGACAGUGAAUUGCAUUUACGGUACCGUUUGAUUGUAUUUGCACAAAAUGACUAGCGCUACAUGCUAUGUAUGCACAUUGAUUUACAAGUUUAAAAACACACACACAGAUAUAUUAUAUGUUAUAUUGAUAUACUGAGGUAAAUAGGUUUAAAACUUAAAACAAUUAUACGAGUAAUACUCCAAACAUUGCCAUUGCAUAGAAAGUGAGAACAUUUGUCUUCCGGAGAAUUGUGAUUUCCAAAAAACUUGAUGUCUAAUAAAUGUGUGGAAAUAUAGAUGAAUGUUGUCGCAAA